UGUCUGUGAGGUUCACUCGAGCAAACAGCGGUAACCUCCUCCCGUCCCUAAGCGCACGGAGUCUGAUGUAACCUCAUUCAAAAGCCUGACCGAGUUAACGGAUCUCCACAAACCCUGAGUCUACGCAAAUGCAACUAGAUCCCGUCCACUCUUACUCAAAAGAAAAGGGAGCAACUGAAGACGGAGAAACAUCCUCACUGGGAAUCUGUUAUUCCAAACAAAGUUUCUGAUUGCAGUUUAUUUAGACUCUAUGAUUAAGUUCGUUUUAGACACGCUUUUUAAACAGUUUAGUCACUAGUUUUCCUUUAUUUACGUUUAUACCUUCAAAUGCAUUUUAUAGUGAAAGAUGACAUACAUUUUAUGAGUGAAAUAUGUCUUUAGAUAGAUAGAUAGAUAGAUAGAUAGAUAGAUAGAUAGAUAGAUAGAUAGAUAGAUAGAUAGAUAGAUAGAUAGAUAGAUAGAUAGAUAGAUAGAUAGAUAGAUAGAUAGAUAGAACAGGUGGAACAUCCUCGAGCACAUGGAUAACCUCCUCUUUGGAGACAUCUCAUCAUUUCACUGACCCAGAGUUAAAAUAUAGACAUUCAUCCUUGCACCGCGGGAGAGAAGGACCUCUAUAACAGCAUGGAAAGCAACGAAUCAGGAUGUGAGUCCCCGGUGUGCGCGGGCUGCGGCGCGCUGAUCUCAGAUCGCUUCUACCUGCUCGCGGCAGACAGACGGUGGCACGAGCGCUGUUUGAAAUGCAGCGCGUGUCACGCUGACCUGGAGUCAGAGCUCACGUGCUUCAGUAAACACGGAGACAUUUACUGUAAGGAGGACUAUUACAGGAGGUUUUCUUUGCAAAGAUGUGCGCGGUGCCACCUGGGAAUCUCUGCCUCAGAGGUAUUGUAUGGCGUCCUCCGUGGAUCUGGUGUAGUGUACCACUUGAGCUGCUUCUUCCUGUGCCACACCUGGCGCAAAGUGCUGUUCACUGGAGAUCACUACGGGAUGAGAGAGACUUCAGUGUACUGCCGGGUACAUUUCGAGAUGAUGCUGCAGAGAGAAUGUCAUACAGAUUUGUAUUAUUCAGACAUGUCUCCAGGAGAGCCAAACCCUGAGAGCGGCACAUGCAGUGAAGGGACACCUGUGCACAGAGGACGGGCCUGGAAGAGGUGA